GAAACGGUUCCCGAGAAAUUAACUGGCUAACUUUAUGCAUUUCGAGCUUUCUUUUUUAUAUUCGUGCCCUAACUUCGGAUAUCGAGCACUCGAUCGCAGCUGAUCGCAGCUAUUUUCUUGUCGUUGAACGAUUCUACAAGGCUAAAGUCUUCGCGAUUACCUAUCUAUGGCGAUCGACGCUUCAUAUGCACAAUACAUUACUUCUGUACAGCUUGCCAUAACUUUCUGCAUUACAUUUCAUGCGCAUAAAAUGAAUCCAGUAACGAUAUAGAAAAAUGGCAUUCCGUGAGCUAGUCGAAGGAGAAUGUGGAGGUUCCAACUCCCUGAUACGUCUCGCAUCGCAUUACGUGCAAGAUCAUGGCUUCAAGGAGGAAGGAAUUCGUCGGCCGUUCAGUUCGUCGGAGGCUUUUCCAACACCGGACGCAGAUCAAUUGGUCCAACAAUUUUUGGAGGAACCUGCUUGUCCACAGACGUUUCGAAUGGACAAUCUAAUGCAGGAAAUGAGGGAAAUUGAUCAGAAUAUUCAUCCUCCAAAAGCUGGACCUGAGAUCAUAACGGAAUUGAAGAAUGACUUGGACAAAGCUUGGGAUUCUUGCCUUAGGCCUCCAAACGAAUUUCGUGCAAAAGACGAUACAUGGAAUGCGUCUGCAGUUUUACCUGUUCAAGGGGAAGGCCAGCAUCUCGACAAUGUUCACGAAUUUGGUCUAGAUCCAAAAUGGGCAGAAGAUUUUCUAGAAUGUAAUACGGACUCUGUACAGGACAAAAAUGAUAUUAACCAGACGGAAGAUGAGGAUCCAAAUUUUGCAUAUUCAAAGUUCAUGAAAUUUAUGGAACGACAAGGUGACAUUCCAAUAGAAAGCAAUCAGACAGCGAUCAAUCUGAGAGGUACAAGCGAGGAAUGGACAGAACAAUUCAUAGAAAAUAAUGCAGGCAGUCUCAAUGAUAAUACAGUUUUGAAUAAAGUAGAAGAAGAAUUGGAAGCUGCGGGUACAUGGAUAGACGAGUUUGCAAAGGAAAAUCCUACGACAGAGGACAAUAUGAAGUCAUUAUGGAAGCGAUUUGAAGACGAAUGGGACAAAAUCUCUGCAGAUGGGAUCUCCUCUAUGCAUCCGUGGGUAUCAGAAUUCGACACAUAUUAUGAUCCAUUUAAUAAGGAAUAUGAUUUCUCUGAGACAAAUCCAAUGAAAGAUUUGCCAAAUGCUUUGGCAGAAGGCAAGAGACGACUAGAGGCGGGAGAUUUACCGAGCGCUGUACUCUGUUUUGAAGCUGCCGCCCAACAGGAUGAAAAUAACAUCGAAGCCUGGCUGCUCCUUGGCAAGACACAAGCUGAGAAUGAGCAGGAUCCUUUGGCCAUCUCUGCUCUAAAUCGUUGCCUGUGCUUGGAUCCGUCUAACAGUGUCGCUCUCAUGGCAUUAGCAGCUUCUUACGCAAAUGAGUCUUAUCAAAAGCAAGCUUGCCUAACAUUAAAGGAAUGGUUACUAAAGAAUGAAAAAUACAAACAUCUCGCUGGACCAGAAUCUAAUCUAAAAAAAGAUGAACAUCCAAAUUUCAGCGUAUCUACUUUAUUAUAUGACAAAGUAUACGAUGAGGUCAAAGAUUUAUAUAUUGAAGCCGCGAGAAUGAAUCCUCGGGACGAAAUUGAUGCGGACGUACAGUGUGGAUUAGGUAUAUUGUUUAAUUUAUCGAAUGAUUACAACAAAGCUGUGGAUUGUUUUCAAGCAGCGUUGCACGUGCGUCCUGAUGAUUCCAGAUUGUGGAAUAGAUUGGGAGCCACUCUAGCUAAUGGUCAACGAUCAGCGGAAGCUGUGAACGCGUAUCAUCGUGCCUUAGAAUUAUCGCCUGGAUUUAUUAGAGCACGUUACAAUCUGGGCAUAUCUUGCGUUAACCUUGCAUCGUAUAAAGAGGCAGGCGAGCAUCUUUUGAUAGCGUUGAACCAACAAGCGGCAGGAAGAGGUCCACAAGCUAGUAAUGCACCUCCUAAAACAAUGUCGAACACAAUAUGGUCUACAUUAAGAUUAGUUAUAUCAUUGAUGCAUAAAUAUGAGUUGAUGGAAGCCAUAGAAAAUAGAGAUUUGCCAAGGCUAAAUAAGGAAUUUGAAAUAAUGUAGAUGAGCGCAAGUGCAUUCAAGGUUUAUUACAGUGGUUCAUUUUUAUGUGGAUUAUUCAGGAAUACAUUCGGGAUUACAUAGGUAAUCAAUAAAAAAUAAAAUAUUUUUUCAAUAUAUUGUAGCGUUUAGUAAAACUAAGUCUAGGAUAUUUCAGACAGCUAAAUGCAGAGAAUGUAUAUACAAAUAGAUGAUUCAAGAUAUUGUUGAGUUAUAGCACUUUUAUUGUGCAAUAUAUUGUGUAAUUUUAUUACUGACUCUUUAACUUUGAUAUUCUGUAUAUAUAAGAAAUAUAAAAUUGGGGAAAAUAGCUCAGUUAUGAUUAA